CCUGAUCUGACUGAACUUCUCUCCGAUUAAUAACCGGUUGUAUGUGCAGUACGAUGCAGCUGAUAGUAGUCUUCCUCCUCUGUGUGCUACCUGUGGCUUCAGGAGCUGACAUUGGUCACACAGGAAGUCUUGGUGGUAAAGUGUUUAUGUUUCCGAAGAAGAGCGAUGACAGCUACGUUAGACUCGUUCCACAAAAACCACUGAGCCUCACAGCUUUCACUCUAUGCAUGCGUGUCGCCCCAAGGUUGCAUGCACCCAGAGAGGUUAUUCUUUUUGCCUACCGCACACUUCAUUUCGACGAGUUGAACGUUUGGAUAGAGAAAGACGGACGCAUAUCCUUCUAUCUCAGUGGCGCAGGAGUGUUUUUUAGGUUGCCUACACUCACCUCCUUCAAGACCCACCUGUGCUUCACCUGGAGCUCAUCGACCGGUCUCACUGCCGCUUGGGUGAAUGGACAUCGCACUGCUCACCAGGUGUACCAAAAAGGUCACGCCAUCCGUCCCGGUGGCAUUGUGUUGCUCGGUCAGGAUCCUGAUUCGUUUCUGGGCGAUUUUGAUGCAGAGCAGAGCUUUGAAGGUGAAAUUGCAGAUGUGAAUCUGUGGGAUCAGGUUCUCACUGGAAAUCAGAUUAAGGCAUUAUAUGCACAUAAUAAACACGGGGGCAAUGUGAUUGAUUGGAACACCGCUAAAUAUGCGAUAAAUAAAAAUGUGCAUGUGCUGAAGGAUGAUAUUUGAUUUUACACACAGAUGUGUUUUUCAUCAAAGUCUGUUUAUCAUAUACAGAUUAACAUGAUUUAACCAAUAAAUCUUUCUACAACAUCA